AUGAGUGAUGAUAGGUUCGAUGUUAUUGUCCACCAUGGUGGUGAAGUAGAGGCCCAUGAAGAGGCUGCUGAAGUAGAGAUUGGGGAUGCCAGUGGUCUGAAUAGUGAUGUUGAAGUGGAAGGUGAAAUUGAAGUGGAAACUAUGCCUGAAAGUGAUGAUUCUAGCAGAGGUAAAUUUGAAAAUAGAGCAUGUCAUUUAAUCGAGUUAUCUGAUGAUGAAUGGCAUUCAGAAGAAUUACUUAGUGGGCCAAAUAGCGAGAGUGAAACAGUUGGGGAUGAAGAAAACAAUGAUGAAAGGACAAGAUGUGGUCCAUUCCAAACAUUUGUAAUGCCAAAAAGGAGAAAUCUGAAAUUCUUGAAAAAUGAUAGUAAGCGAGUUAGGGUUGGUUGUUUAGGUGCACAAAAUAAAUGUCAAUGGUCCGCAUAUUGUUCCUAUGUUCGUAGCCGUAAGAUUUGGCAAUUAAGGAAACUACUUGAUGUUCAUUCUUGUAGCAAGGAGUUCAAGAUUAAUAUCAUUAAAGCAAAGUGGCUUAGUGAAACCUUGGACCAAACUCUAAUAGAGAAUCCAAAGCUAAAGAUAAAUGACGUAAGACAAAGGGCUUUAAGAAAAUGGAAUACACAUGUGUCAAUAUCAACAGCUCGUAAAGCAAGGGCAAUGGCUGCAGAUAUAGUAGAUGGGUCAUUUAAAGAGCAAUAUAAAAGAAUCUACGACUAUGCACAUGAAUUACUAAAAUGUAAUCCCGGAUCAACUAUAAAAAUCAAAGUGGAAAAUGAUAAUGAUGAAGCAAUUUUUCAGAGGUUUUACUCUUGUUUAAAAGCAUGUAAAGAUUCCUUUGUCUUCUGUAGACCCAUCAUAGGUUUGGAUGGUUGUUUUUUAAAAGGAAAAUACGGAGGUGAGUUGUUGAGUGCUGUGGGUAGAGAUGCUAAUGAUUAG